UCCCCGCCCAGCUCCUCCGCGAACCAAUAGAAAACGAGAUCCUGGGAGUGUCCCGCCCUGGGCCGAGCGCCACGGACCAAUGGAGAUAGAGGUUGAGCGGUGGCGCGGCGGGUGGUGGGCGGAGUAACCCCGGGACCUAGACGGGAGCCUGGCGGGGUCAACCCCUACGAGCGGCCAGCGCAUGGCUGUGUGGGUUUCGGGGGGCCGCCUGGGCCUUCGCGGAUGCCUCGCGGCCGGCAGGCUCCUUUGUCCCCGUUUCCAGAGCCGCGGCUCCCCGGGCUUAGAAGACGGGGACAGGCCACAGCCUCCUUCGAAGACACCCAAGAUCCCCAAGAUUUACACCAAAACAGGAGACAAAGGGUUUUCUAGCACCUUCACUGGAGAAAGGAGACCCAAAGACGAUCAGGUGUUCGAAGCCUUGGGGACUACAGAUGAAUUAAGUUCAGCCAUUGGGUUUGCUAUGGAAUUAAUUGCGGAAAAGGGCCACCCAUUCGCUGAAGAGCUUGAGAAAAUCCAGUGCUCCCUGCAGGACGUCGGCUCCUCCCUGGCGACACCCCGCUCCUCCGCCCGGGAGGCUCACUUAAGACGCACCACGUUUGAGGCGGGGCGCACCCUGGAGCUGGAGCAGUGGAUCGACAAGUACUCCAGCCAGCUCCCCCCUCUCACAGCCUUCAUUCUGCCGUCAGGAGGCAAGAGCAGCGCUGCACUGCACUUCUGCCGGGCCGUGUGCCGCCGGGCGGAGCGCCGCGUGGCGCCUCUUGUCCAGAUGGGUGAGACGGAUGCAGACGUGGGCAAGUACUUAAACAGACUCAGCGACUAUCUCUUCACGCUGGCCAGGUACGCAGCCAUGAAGGAGGGGAAGCAAGAGAAAAUAUACAGGAAAAACGACCCGUCGGACUGAACCGCAGGCGCUGGGAUAAUGGAAAGGGGCGCCCUCCGUGGGGGCCCCGCAGGGAGAGGAGGAGUGUGCCCUUGGCCCUGACUCCCGGAGGACUCACCCGGGGCCUGACGCGGGUCUCUGUCCGCACUCAGCUGCCUCCAGACCCCACACUCCCCUCAGGCAGCGGCUGCUGGAGACUCCUGCCCGCCUCUCCUCGGCCUGCGGGAGGGGUCACCUGCGGGAAGGAAGGCGGUGAUUGUGUGACGAGGGGGACGCACGGGAACAGAAUAAAAGUGGGAAAGGCGUGAACUGAGUGUGUGAGAGAGAGGGAGAGCCCUGCCAACGCCAGCUCCGCGUCAGGGACCCGGGGUGGCAGCGGCCUUGGGAGCGUCACUGAGUCCCGGUGCCGCCGGCCCUGGGUCACGUGUAAAGGGGAGGCAGGCGAUGUGGAAGCAGAGGCUGGGAGCCACCCAGCUGCACAUGGACAGGCGAGGCCUGGGAAACACCUGGGGCCCACGUGUGCAUGGCGGGUGCAGCCUGCAGGAGGCUCUCAAAGGGGACCCUUCCCCCAUCCAGGGGUGAAGAGGGAAAUGCCACCCCUUAAAGGAAGGGAAGUCCUGCGGGCAGAGGGUGUUGAGGGCCGAGGGGGGACAUUCUCAGCUCGAGGCAGGCAGCUCUUCCGUUCUCAGGCUGACACAGAUGGGACGGAGCCCCGAUGUUGCUUGGCUGGCGUGUGCUCAGAUCCAGGCCGCGGCUGUGCUUUAUCUCACCUGUCACCACCGUGCCCUCCCGCCGUGAGACAAGGCCACCAGUGCCAGCCGUGUCCUUGGGAAGGAGGGAUAUUGAUGGAGGGCGAGGAGACAGCCCGGGACCCGAAGACUCCACGCUGCCAGCCGCAGGAAAUGACUUGACAAGGGCAGGCCGCCGAUGUCGCUGAUGUGCCUGGGCGCUCCAUCCGGGAUCCCAGCUGAGCACCUGCUUAGCCUGAGGCACAGGAGGCUGCAGGCUGGGAGGCAGGUCCGCCAGCGUGGAAACCGUCUUUGCUUUCCUCGCCUCUUUGCCGGGAAUUUUGCUGGAGGAACAGGCACAUGUCCCCGAGUCCUUUGUUCCAGCAGCGUCAGGGGCCUCUUAGGCGGGCAGAGCUGCUGAGGAGCUGGCGGCCGAGCGACAGUGGCCGGCUCCUCCCGCCGGGCGAGCCCAGGCCGGGGCACAGGUGCCGGUGUGGGCCCGGGAGCAGUGGCAGCGGCAGCCGCGCCGGCGCCGGGCUGCCCUCGGAGGGCUUUGCUCCAGGAGCUGCAGCAACCGGCCCCGUGCGCUCCGUUCCGCCGGCUCCUCAGUCUCCCCUGGAGGAGCAGCCCCCACCGAGCUCCCAGCGGGGGGCGAAACCACCCCCAACGGGCGAGAGAAGCUCUGGGAGCAAACAGCCUCCGAAGGUGGAGCGCUUCGGAACAAGGCAUGGGCCUGUCCCCAGACCCGUCCUCAGCCCUUGUGGGAGGGAUGGUAGCCCAGGUUCCAGGCCCCUCUGCAGCUGCCCCCCCCCAUUCCCCUACCCCCAUCCACAAAGGUUCCCUGAGAGACAGCCAGGCGCAGGGCAGACUUGGCAUCUGGAGGGUGUGCCCUGUGCCACCCACCUGGCAAACAGGAACCUGCUUUCCUCUCCCGCAGCGCCCGACAGCUAUCCUGGAGCCGGCCAGAAGCACACGGCACCCGUGCACGCUUGUCUGGUCGCCUCCUUGCCUUGAACCCAGGCGGACAAGUUGGCAAACUGCACAGAUAAAACACAUGCCCUCCCUCUGAAGCCCGCAUCACCUGCCUGCACCCCUGUCCACCUCAAGCAGGCCGCCCGGCCAAGCAGGUGGGAGAGGAAUGCAGGCUUUUACUUCAGCUGCACCUUGUGGAUCAGAGGUUUUUGCUUUUGCUUAACUUAUUUUUAAAGAGACUGAAAAAACAAAAAGACUGUUGGAAAAUAUUACCUCGAUUACUGGCGUUUGGGGCGCUCCCAUACAUUCUGCUCCCAAGAAAGCACCUGGCCUGUCACCCAGCUCAGUCCGGCUCGCAGGACGCCCGCGAGGAGCUGGUGGUGGGCAUCCCUUUGGGGCGAACCUGCCACAUCGGUGGUGCCGGUCCGAACGCCAUGGGCGUCAUCUCCACACCCCACAGCAGCCCGGCGGAGCACUGUGUGUGCUCUGGCUUUGCAGGUGUGGAAACAGGCUCACAGGAACCCACUUGUCAGGGAGUCAGCUCCAGAAUGUGGGCCAGGAUGUGGCCUGUGACUCCCAGUCCCGUGCUGUCCGACCAGCCGCCGCUUGACAGUCAUGUUCAUCACGGCUGGGCCGGAGGAGUGUCAGGCCUAAUAGAUUCUGCUGUCUCAUUUCUCAACCUGCUUCCCCCGGGCUGAUCUCUCAUGGCUGUUGUUAAUGCGCGUUCUUCACCGAGUAAUUCCCAGCCGAACUUGUAACACAGCCCAACGACAAGGUCCCCUCGGCAGCAAUGCCACCCUCACCUCCUUCCAGCCCUUCCUCAGCAGCCCCUGCAGAUGUGUGGUUGCUAGUCCCAGUUUUCACCUCGGAGCCUUUAAGAAUCCAGACGCAUUUCAAGUUUAAUUGCAUGAAAUUCUUGGUGUAAUAAAUUCUGCGUGAAUGCUCA